CCGCCUCCCUCUCCCGCUCUGUAUACGGGCAGUACAGUAGGAGGGGUGUUUGGGGGUCACAGGCUGGAGCAAAGUCCCCUGGCUGAAGCUGAGCAUCCGCCGUCUCCUCACCCCUUUGUCACGGUCCAAACAUUUAAAUAAAGCAGCAAAGGUGACGCGGUGUUCUCAACUCCUCGUUAUUCGCAGCAAUGGCCACACCACUAACCGACCAGGAGAAGAGAAAGCAGAUCAGCGUCAGAGGGAUCGCGGGGCUGGGCGAUGUCGCGGAAAUCAAGAAGAGCUUUAACAGGCAUCUUCAUUUCACUCUUGUCAAAGAUCGCAAUGUUGCGACCCCUCGGGAUUAUUUUUUUGCCUUGGCACACACAGUCAGAGACCAUCUCGUCGGACGAUGGAUUCGCACCCAGCAAUAUUACUAUGAGAAAGAUCCCAAGCGCAUCCACUACCUGUCUCUGGAGUUCUACAUGGGCCGAACCCUUCAGAACACCAUGAUCAAUCUGGGCCUGCAGAACGCCUGUGACGAAGCCAUCUACCAGCUGGGAUUGGAUCUGGAGGAGCUGGAGGAAAUUGAAGAGGACGCUGGAUUGGGCAAUGGGGGACUGGGGCGCCUUGCAGCUUGCUUCCUGGACUCCAUGGCCACCCUGGGCCUGGCGGCCUACGGGUACGGGAUCCGGUAUGAGUUUGGCAUCUUCAACCAGAAGAUCUCCAAUGGCUGGCAGGUGGAGGAGGCAGAUGAUUGGCUGCGCUAUGGCAACCCCUGGGAGAAGGCCCGCCCGGAAUACAUGCUUCCAGUGCACUUCUAUGGCCGAGUGGAGCACACCGGUGAAGGGGUCAAAUGGGUGGACACUCAGGUUGUUUUGGCAAUGCCCUAUGACACCCCGGUCCCCGGAUACAAGAACAACACAGUGAACACAAUGCGGCUGUGGUCUGCUAAGGCUCCCAAUGACUUCAACCUGCAGGAGUUCAAUGUCGGGGACUACAUUGAAGCCGUGCUGGACAGGAACUUGGCUGAGAACAUAUCCAGGGUCCUGUACCCUAACGACAAUUUCUUCGAGGGUAAGGAGCUGCGUCUGAAGCAGGAGUACUUUGUGGUGGCGGCCACCCUGCAGGACAUCAUCCGUCGCUUCAAGUCUUCCAAAUUCGGUUGCCGGGAUCCCGUCAGGACCUCCUUUGAGACCUUUCCCGAGAAAGUGGCCAUCCAGCUGAAUGACACCCACCCAGCCCUGGCCAUACCUGAGCUAAUGAGGAUCCUCGUGGAUGUGGAGAAGUUGGAUUGGGACAAGGCCUGGGAGGUGACGGUGCAGACGUGCGCCUACACCAACCACACGGUCCUGCCCGAGGCCCUGGAGCGCUGGCCCAUCUACAUGUUCGAGAAGCUGCUGCCACGCCACCUGCAGAUCGUCUACGAGAUCAACCACCGCCACCUGCAGAAAAUUGCAGAACUCUACCCCGGAGACAAUGACCGGCUGCGUCGGAUGUCCCUGAUCGAGGAGGGGGACCCCAAGCGCAUCAACAUGGCCCACCUGUGUGUGGUGGGGUCGCACGCCGUUAACGGGGUGGCCCAAAUCCACUCUGACAUCGUCAAAUCCACAGUUUUUAAGGACUUCCAUGACGUGGAGCCGGAAAAGUUCCAGAACAAAACUAAUGGGAUCACUCCAAGGCGCUGGCUGCUGCUCUGCAACCCAGGCCUGGCUGACAUAAUCGCUGAGAAAAUAGGGGAGGACUUCCUGACUGACCUCUUCCAGCUGAAGAAGCUGCUGGACUUCAUAGAUGAUGAUGCCUUCAUCCGUGACGUCGCUAAUGUGAAGCAGGAGAACAAGCAGAAGUUCGCUGCUUACCUGGAGAAGGAGUACAAGGUGAAGAUCAACCCAGAGUCCAUCUUUGAUGUUCAGGUGAAGAGGAUCCACGAGUAUAAGAGACAACUGCUCAACUGCCUGCACAUCAUCACUUUCUACAACCGUAUUAAAAAGGACCCAAAUAAGCACUUUGUUCCCAGGACAGUAAUGAUUGGAGGAAAGGCUGCCCCUGGUUACCACAUGGCCAAGCUGAUCAUCAAACUCAUCACCUCUGUAGGGCAGGUGGUCAACAAUGACCUUGUGGUGGGGGACAGGCUCAAGGUCAUCUUCCUGGAGAACUACAGAGUCUCCUUGGCAGAGAAAGUGAUCCCGGCGGCCGACCUGUCGGAGCAGAUCUCCACGGCCGGCACGGAAGCCUCAGGCACGGGCAACAUGAAGUUCAUGCUGAACGGCGCCCUCACCAUCGGCACCAUGGACGGAGCCAACGUGGAGAUGGCGGAGGAGGCGGGAGAGGAGAACCUGUUCAUCUUCGGCAUGAGGGUGGAGGACGUGGAGGAGAUGGACAGGAAGGGGUACAACGCCAAAGAAUAUUACGAGCGUCUGCCAGAGCUGCGGCAGGUGAUCGAUCAGAUCCGCAGUGGCUUCUUCAGCCCCAAGGAGCCUGAAAUGUUCAAGGACGUGGUCAACAUGCUGCUGAAUAAUGACAGGUUCAAAGUGUUUGCUGACUAUGAGGCCUACAUCAGCUGUCAAGAGAAGGUCAAUGAACUCUACAGGAACCCAAAAGAGUGGACGAAGACGGUGAUCCGCAACAUUGCCGGCUCGGGCAAGUUCUCCAGCGACCGCACCAUCACGGAGUACGCCCGCGAGAUCUGGGGGGUGGAGCCCUCCGACGUGAAGAUCCCGCCCCCCAACGAACCCCGCGAUUGAGGAGGGGCCCUCCCUCCCGUCGGGACGCACGGGCCAGCAAGCUCCCUCCUUAACCCCCUCCCUCUCCACACGUUCGCCCCCCCCUUCAGGCUUGUCCCAUAACCCAGCCAGAAUACAGUCUGACAGUGAGAGGGAGACAGGAUCACACAGUAGGUUCGAGCUGAGCAACCAAUGCAAUCACACACUGACCUGCAAAGGGACCCCCUAUUUGGAAACUUUCCAUUCACUGAAUGUGUGCCCUUGUACUGUAAGCCCAAAGUCAAAGGGAGUGCAAUCAAAUACUGUUUCUCAUUUUCUUUCAGUGUGCAGAAUAUCGUUUUUGAAUACUUGUGAGUAAUAUCAAAUUUAAAACAGAAAGAAAGCUCUUAUCCUUUGAAUUGUUUUUCUGAGUGCCUAGUUGUCUGAGACCUGAUGGGAACUGUGAAGUCCCAAUGUCUUGAUUGUCCCCUUCUGCUGAGCUGUAUAAAGACAGAGGGAUUAAUACAAUAAUGAAUCUAUUUUGAUAUGCUCUCUAUUAUCGACUAAAGCAUGUAUUUUUCUAUUGUAUUUUCUUCCACAGUAACACUGUAGAGAAUACGGUAUCUGGGGACAAAAAUAUCUGGUAUAAAUAUGAUAAUAUCCCCACUCAAAGUCAGGAUAACAAGGAAGUGGCUUGUUUUGACGUUUUUAAAUUUUGGAUACAGGAAGAGUAGAUCUAUCGUUCAGUCACCACAAAAGGCCUUGAUAUGAUUCUGGGAUCAAACGAUCACUGAAAAUCUAAUGAAUGAACUUCAUAGCUAGAGCAAAACACUCGCCAUACUUGAAUGUGUUUCAGUUCCGAAGCUACUGUUCUUGAAAAAAAGAGCAUUAUCUGUUUGUUUAUGAAUGUGGGAUGUGAGUAACCUUUAUCUUCUGUAGCAGCUUGUGGUUUUUUUUUCCCUCACCAUUACCAAAUAAGUACUGUACUGUUUUUAUGCUUUGAUCCUUGGCAAAAUCGUGCUAACAAAAUCUGAUAAAAGGAAUAAACGAGCUU